GUUGCCUUUUUGUUGUCAUUGCCUGAUCGUCGCCGCUGUCGACAUAUAAUACAAUCAUCUAGUCAUGUUGCAAAGUCUACAGAUGCUCCAGUUCGUAUUGCAAAUUGCAGUCCUGGUGCUGGUGAUCGUUGCUGUGCAUCUGCAGUCAUGGGCGGUCAUCGAGUUCCAGAGCCUCGACAAACCUUCAACCAGCAAUGAAAACACUGUGAACCAGCUCACAUUCGCACCCGAUGGUUACUGCUUGCGACUCAGCAAUGGCAGCUCCAAGUGUCAGCCGUUCUUACACGCCAUCCUCAACAACUCUCGACAGCCUGAUGACUGGCCAAGUGGAAAACCCGACGCUCUCGCAGUCCCAUCACAUCGAGAAAGCGACAAACCCAGCACUCAAGACUUCGUUGUCACUGAAGCUCUGUCUUGUUGGUGCCACACACGUGGGGAACUCACUUGGUACAUGCAAGGUGCACAAAAUGUGGCAUGUCUCGUAGUACUGGAGACCGUCAAGUACACCAUGACGCUAUGGGGGUUCUUUACGACUGUCAGUCUCAUGCUCGUCACUCGCAACGCCGCGGCUUGCUAUGCGUUGUCAACGUACACCAGCGCACUGCUUGGGCUAUUGGUGGCAUUGGCGUGGUGGUACUAUAGCAGCACAUACAUCGAUCGAGAAUACCUGAACGACCUUACAUUGAACUGGCACCACGGUGCGUCCUACCACUGCAUCCUCAUUGCGUUUGCUCUUGCAACUGCUAAUGCGCAGAUCACGUUCGACGCCACGGGCCCUAUUGGUGUUCCAAAGUACACUCGGCGCUUUGUCCGACCAAUGUCAAGAAUUGAACAACCGGAUGACUGGGACCCGCUGUCAUGUCCUGCCAACUAUCUCGUGUAAAAUAUCGUAUCCGAUGGUGUUCGCAAAGUAAAACGCUAUAUGUAAAAAAAAAAAAAAAAAAA